AUGCUCCCCCAGAACCUUUGGAGCUACACAGCUUUGAACUUUAUGUGGAUAUUAAAUAGUGGAGUGUAUCCCAUCAUAUAUUUUAUUGUUAACAAAGCACUUCGUGACCGUAUCGGCGUAAAACGAUCUACUACAGUAAUGGGAGCUGUUUCAGUAUUCCAACAGAAUAAAACGAAAAUGGAACGAACUGGUACGAUGACUGGGCAUACUAUUGUUGUUGUAGCAUAG